AUGGCUUCUCCCAUUGGUCUGAGCCUUGCCAGCCUCCCCACCCCACCUCUCAGGAGACCCUGCUCCACUAGAACCGUGUGUGACCAAAAGGUGGCGAUCAAAAAUGGUGAUAUGUCGGAGGAGACGCAACAGGGCUCUGUGGAAUGUGCUACUCAGGCGUUGGAGAAGCAUAACAUAGAGAAGCACAUUGUGGCCCAUAUUAAGAAGGACUUUGAUAAGAGGUACAACCGCACCUGGCACAGCAUCAUGGGGGAGAACUUUAGUAGUUGCAUGACACAUGAAACCAAACACUUCAUCUACUGCUACCUGGGCCAAGUGGCCAUUCUUAUGUUCAAAUCUGGUUAA